CAUGUUAUCUGGUAACACCAAUGGAACGUGUGACACAUAGAGAAAUUAAAUGUGGAAGGAUAUUAAGUGGAAAAAGAGAUUGAAAUCGAAAAUCAAAUCAGUCCAAGUGAAAAAAUUCCAUAAGGCGAAAGCAAAAGUUGGUAAAUAAGUUCUGAUUGGAUUAAAAUGUGGUAGUGAAAACAUUGACCGUGAAAUUAAACCAUUUGGAUUGUUCCGAAACAAAUAUAUAUGAAAAUAUCUUGGCAAAUCAAAGGUCGUGAUUAAUAAGUGUGCAAAUGCAAAGUGACAACAACAAAACUAAGGUUACAAUUGGUGCUUAAUUAGGUUUCGAGAGAUUCCCGAGACUUCGUUUCCAAUUAAAAAAGUGACGAACUAGUGAGCAACCGAGCGCAAAGCUACAUAGAGAAGACUCAUCACGAUGACUAGUCCAGAGAAUAGAAUAUUAAACCAUGAUAUUGCGCGUGAAGCCGGAAAUGAUGAACAUUUGCAUAUAACAUCGGGAACAAUUUCACUGGACUACAAGCCAAUGCAACCAAACGCAACCGAUUUAGAUCAACAGAUAUUGGAGCUGAAAAAGAAGCAGGAAUUACAAAAACAGAUGCUUCUCCAUACAUUUCAUGAACAGACGAAGGAGCUGGAAUUGCGACACAAAAUGCAGCUGGAGCAAAAGUACCAGUAUGCGGUGCAUUCACAUGGCGCUUUCCAGGAACUACGAGAACAAAGACUUUCCGCCGCCGCCGCCGCCGCAGAGGAGCAGCAGCAGCGCGAGCGGCGUGACCGUGAGGUAAUUAAGCGAAAGGAAAACUGCAGUGCCAAUGCCAGCCCCGAAGUCAAGCAAAUUUUAAAUAACUUUCUAAUUAACCGCAAACAGGCGGCCUCCUCCAAUGGCAUAACGACGACGUCACCUUACCGAAAUAGUAGAGGUGUAGUGAAAAGCUCGUCCGGCGAAUCUUUGCCAGCCGGUUCGUUGACAAGUGCACAUCCAUAUAAAAUACCGCAACCGCCAUCAUCGUUUCUGAAAUAUGAAUCUGACUUUCCACUUCGAAAAACAGCAUCCGAACCAAAUUUGCUGAAGCUACGUCUAAAGCAAAGCGUCAUUGAGCGCAAGCAGCGAAUCAGCGGUCCAGCUGUGCUACGUCGGCAUGAGCGCAUACUGCAGCGAAGACAGCAGAAGCAAAAUUCCGCUUUAACAAAUUGCAGCAGCACACCGGAUUCGGGGCCCAACUCACCACCCUCAUCCACGCUCUCCGCCGGUGUGGUGGGUAGUCGUGGUUCCCCGACUAGUGCACCGAUCCAAGAGGAGAACGAAGAGAGCGGACCUUAUCAGCCGGGCCAGCGUAGCAAUAUAAAUGAUCUCUCACUCUUCAGUUCACCAUCCAUGCCGAAUAUACCACUUGGCGGUCCACAUUUGGCCAGUCAUGCACAUGCUCAAGCUAAUGUCAGCAACUAUAAUAUGCUUGCUGCACUGCGGCAACAUGUACCCACAUUGGCGGCACCCACAUACUACAGUCCGUUGGCGAUACCAUUCGCACGCCAUCAACCACACCCGCCGCCACAGCCGCCAUCGCAUGCCGCAUCGAUAGCGGUCGCUGCAGCUGGUGUUAUGCCACCUACGCCAUCGCCAGUUGUACGCUCGGCAUCGGCAACGUCCACCUCAUCGUCGCAAGCCCCCUUGGCCAGUGAUGUUUUACCACCUAUUGCGCAUGCUGCUUCAACACUUUUACCAGCCGGCAGCGCUGGUGCACACAAUCACAACGUGUUGGGCUCUGGUACAUUGCAUCCCGUCACACCAAUGGUUGGUGUUUCGCCUUCGAUGUAUGGUCAGCCGAUAACCGAUGCCCAAGUGGCUCAUGCCCACCUCAAUAAGCAAGGACACCGUCCACUGGGACGUACUCAGUCAGCUCCGCUACCGUUGGGUCAUCCAAUGUUAACCGGCACGGGUCAGAUUGGCGUAGGGCAGACGCAUUAUGAGAACAGUGAUGCGGAACAACAAGCGCAUAUGUUGGUUACACAAAAGAUACGGCAAACACUGAUCAAUCGUAGUAGUGCCAAUCGUGAACCCCAACUCAAGGAGGAAGAAGAUGCGGCUGAAGUGAUCGAUUUGACGGACAAAAAGAAGCCACCAAAGACCAUCAUUACAAGUAUUGUACCCACGAGUACUUCACAAAAUCUGCCAGAGACCACCAAUGUACCACUGGGCGCCUGCAUGCCCAAUACACCGAGUAAGUUGCGCGAUCAGGAGUACCUGCAACAACAAAGGGAGCUGUUGUAUAGACAAGCAUUGCAGAUGGAUGAUUCAAUCGCACGAGGCUUAAUACGCCCACUGUCGCGUACGUUAUCCAGUCCAUUGGUGCAUAUGGGUCCUAAUGGUAUUAGUCAGCUGCCAGACACCGGGCAAUAUGCUCCACCUAUCAUAACUUCCUCAUCAGCAGAUCAUAUACCGCCAGUUAAUCUCACAGUCCCUCAUCGGCGUCGAGUGCUCGAGCUUUCGCCAACUGGGAUGGCCGCAUCGAGUGCAUUCUCAUCCUUACCUGCCAUACAGCCGGCUAUUGCUGGUACAACCGGUGGCAAACUGAUAAAUGAGUUUCCUACGCACAAAACUACCACUGGUCUCGCUUAUGAUAAUCUGAUGCAGAAACAUGCCUGCACAUGUGGUGACAAUUCCGUACAUCCGGAGCACAGUGGUCGUUUGCAAAGUAUAUGGGCGCGCCUAAUUGAAACUGAUCUGGCCAAACGUUGCGAUCGUCUGCGUUCACGUAAAGCCACGCUAGAGGAGUUACAAACGGUACACACAGAAGCACACACAAUGCUCUUCGCUUCGAGUUCGUGCCAAUUGAAUAGGCAAAAGUUGGAUAGUCCGCCGGCGUUGGGCUUUGUACGCCUCUCCUGUGGUGGUUACGGUGUGGACUUGGAUACCACUUGGAAUAAGGAUCAUACUGCCGCCGCUGCACGCAUGGCUGCGGGUUGUGUUAUUGAUUUGGCUUUUAAAACGGCCAAAGGCGACAUUAAGAAUGGUUUUGCGGUUGUACGUCCACCUGGCCACCAUGCCGAAGCCAAUUUGGCUAUGGGUUUUUGCUUCUUUAAUUCUAUUGCGAUUGCCGCCAAAUUGCUGCGACAACGUGUGCCCGAAAUGAAGCGUGUGCUAAUCGUAGAUUGGGAUGUGCAUCAUGGCAAUGGUACACAACAGGCAUUCUACGAUAGCCCCGAUGUGCUGUACUUGUCCAUACACAGGCACGACGAUGGUAACUUUUUCCCCGGCACUGGUGGUUCCACUGAGUGCGGUAUUGGCGCCGGCGCUGGUUUUAAUGUAAACAUUUCCUGGUCAGGUUCUCUGGAUCCACCAUUGGGCGAUGCCGAAUAUAUUGCUGCAUUCCGUACAAUUGUGAUGCCGAUCGCAAAAUGUUUUAAUCCAGAUAUUAUUUUGGUGUCGGCUGGUUUCGACGCAGCUGCAGGUCAUCCUCCACCUUUAGGCGGUUACUUAGUAUCACCGGCUUGUUUUGGGUUCAUGACGCGUGAACUAAUGCAAUUGGCCGAUGGCAAAGUGGUGUUGGCGCUAGAGGGUGGCUACGACCUACCCGCUAUUUGUGAUUCUGCGCAGGAGUGCGUACGCGCGCUGCUUGGCGAUCCAUUAUCGGCGAUCGCAGAAAGUGAGCUGAAUAGGCCGCCUUGUCAGAAUGCGAUAGACACCCUGCAGAAAACGAUUGCCAUACAGUCACAACAUUGGCCAUGUGUACGCCGUUUAGCCCAUACCGUCGGUCUAUCUGCCCUUGAUGCAUUGAAAAUUGAACAUGACGAAUCGGAAACAAUUACGGCUAUGGCGGGACUCUCGAUGCAAUCGAUGAACAGAACUUUAUCACGUGAUGACUCUGAGGAGCCAAUGGAUCAAGAUGAAGCCAAAUAAUUUUAAACCGUGGAGCUCGAACGAUUUUUGACUUGAUUGAUUUGCACAGACGCACUUAAUGUUGCUAUUGUUGCAAUUUUUUAUUACAUAAUCCGCCGUUAAACGAUAUAUAUUUAUCAGCCAAGCGGACAUCGGAUGGGGUACACAGACGUGUGUAUUGUCUAUGGGAAGUGUAAGAUGCUGUUUCGGUUUCAAGAUUUUAUUAUCUAUUCCCACUUGACUCAUGAGCUGAGGUUAUGUUGAAACAAAAAACACAUGCCAACGCGCUGGAGGGAAGUCAGUCCGUUACAGCAUUUAGUGUAGCCGUUGUAUUUGUUGGGCGUUUGAUAUUAAGUGGAGCAAACAACUCCCGCCCAAGUAAUUCGUUCAUUGCUAAGCCUAUGAAAGGGGGAAAACCGAAAGAACUAAAAACAAAAGCUUUUCUGGCAUAUAUGUAGUAGUAAAAUUGAAAAUGCGUAUAUGUAUAUUAGAUAUACGUUUAAAU